AUGGCCAGUCAAAGUAGUCAACUAGAUUCUUUGAACAUUUAUUUUGUUGUAUUUUCUAAGUACGAAAAUGAACAAUCUUGCUCUGAGGAUAUGUGGGAUGCAUUUAAUAAAUGUGAGGACAAUAACCUACAACCACGCUGGGUCACAGAGGAGGAGUGUAAGAAAAUGGAUCCAACAAAAACCGACAUUUUUGUGCUGGAAGAAUUUGCUGGAGAAAUUUUUCAAUAUUUACAACGUUUCAGGUGCUUUAGAAUAGUCGGCCCACCGUGCCUGCUCCGCUGUUUCUUGACCUGCGAUGCGAUCCCCGAGGGCGAGAGCCCAGUAUACACAACUGCCAUGCAAGGCUUGGUGAUUACUUCAUCCGGAUUCACCGUCAAAGAAAAAGAGGAAAUCCAGAAACUUGUGGAAUACAUGGGUGGAAUUUACUGCAGAGAUUUGCGUGGAUGUAUCACUCACCUGGUUGCAAGCUCAACAACGUCUACCAAAUACGAGAUGGCCUGCAGUAAAAACAUCCCUGUAUUCAAGUAUGAUUGGAUAAAACAAGUUUGGGAGGAGAACCUCAAGACUUUUGUCAAGGCUACCGAGCCUUGUUUCGACAGAUAUAAAUGUCCGGUAUUUUUUAAUAUUGUCGUCACAGCCUCCAAUGUUGGAAAAAAAGACAAAGAAAAAAUAAAAGAUUUGAUCACUAAGCAUGGAGGUGAGUUUAUGGGACCUCUUGACGGCUCAAAGGUCACCACAGUUAUCACAAAUGAAUUUUCCACCAAAAGCGAGAAAAUAAAAUAUGCUAUCACGCAUACUUUGCCGUGCAUUAAACAGGAAUGGGUCUUCAAAAGUGUUGAAGCUGGAUAUGCACUGCCGUACCACGACUAUCUGAUCACUCCCAACAACAAUAGUAUGAAGUGCUCGACACCCGAGCCAGGAUCUACUCAACGUGUGCAAGAGCCUUUGGACUGCUCAGGCGUGAGCAUAAUUCCCCAUUCUUCCCGCAACUUCAUCGACGACACCAUGCAGUCAACAAUAAGCUCUGUGCCAGAGUCCGGAUCGUUGACACCGAGUUAUGUUGGAGUUCUGGAGACUCUUGACGUGAAAAAAGCCAAAAAAGCGGGACCUUUUCUCGACGGUUGUAACAUUUACCUCGCAGGAUUCGUCACCCAGCACCGGGACAAAGUAAACAAGAUUUUAAACGCCGGCAGCGCUACGAGGUUCGAUGACUUAUCAGACGCUUUGUCUCACGUGAUUGUUGGUGAUAAGAGCAAAGCCGCCAACGAAUUAAAGCUCAUUGAAUCCAAAGGCUUGAGUCCGCACAUUGUGACAGUCAGUUGGCUGCAGGAGAGCAUCAAUCUUAAGAAACCUGCGCCAGAAGACGCGCAUAGCUUUGACAAGCAAGUGACUGGCCGCAAGACCACGGAACCUGCCUCGCCGCUGAGUAAAAAAAGCAUCCAAAUGCUGCAAAAGCCGCGCAGGCCACCGGUACCAACCUUUAGUUUCAACAAAUCUCAGGAAGAGGAGCCGGAUAUUGUUCAGCAGUAUCUCAAUAAGACGAGCGAGAAACUUCCAGAGCCGGUUUUUAAUGAUAGGCGCAGCGAGGCGAAAACUAGUUCAAGUCGGAAUCAUGUCUCGAGAACUGCUUCGGGGUCCAGCAAACUCGCAUCUCGUAGUUUAGCUUCCGUGUCGCAGAAUAGCGAGAGUAAUGUUACUCAAUCGACAGCUCCCGAGCAAAUAUUUGAAGGAUUGGUUUUCUUGGUGCUCGGGUAUGAUGAUGAAGAGUUCCACCAGAUGAGUGCGACUGUCCAGGCUGUUGGUGGUAAAGUUGUUCCUAGCUCUUACAAAGGUAUUCCGGACUUUGCAAUUGUACCUGUUGCUGGGACGACAGUUAAGCACACAGUGAGUGAAAUUGUGACGCAUCUGUACAUCGAAGAAUGCAUAGAAUGUGAAAAAAUUGUUGAUAUAAUGUACUACCACAGGCCGCUAUCAAUCCCUGCGGAUGCAAAACCGCUUUCAGAAUGUGUGAUUGCCAUAAGUUCCUACGGUAGUUCUGAAAGAUACUAUCUGCAGGAGUUAGCAGUAGCUCUGGGUGCUAAUUAUCAAGAUACUUUCGCCCGGAAAACUAAUGUCGAAAAGAACCAGUUCGCAGGAACUCAUUUAGUUUGUGUAGAACCAACUGGGAGCAAAUACAACGCUGCUGUCAAGUGGAAUCUUCCAGCAGUGACUGCUGACUGGUUGAUAGCUUGUGGCGAGAGACUUGCUCUCGUUGAUGAAACUCCGUUUUUAGUCGGGAUAACAGUAGCUCCAGUUCGCAAACCUCCAGAGCAACUGAUGGGUCCACCUACUACUCCAGUGGCAAGGCAAAUUCUCACGCCGAAGCGUCGCUUAUCUCAGACUCCAGGCUUGGACACUCCUCUAAUCAACAAGAGGUUGAAUCUAAGUGGUCAUCAAAACUCUCCAAGCUCGCCUUUCCAUGUCAACACACCACGAACGCCUUAUGGAGCAACUGUAGAGCCUAAUCCUUCGGCAAGCUUAAAGAAGAGUAUCUCCAAGUGGAUCAGCGAUUGUCCGAAAAAUAAAACAGAGGCUCCAAGACCGCGCGCUCCUAGCACUCCGUUGUCGGAGUUGAAGAGACAGAUCUGGUCAGCGGCGAAGAAAUCAGCGGGUGUUCUCCAACAGUCUGUAGACCUGGAUCAGGAUCCUGAAGAACAGUCUUCGAUUCAUUCUCCACUUAGAGUGAAUUCUCAGUCGAAAAUUGAGACUCCGCAAAGAGAUUCUUCAAGGCUUAAUUCUACUCAUUUGAGUGGUAAUGAUGAUUCUGCUCAUAUGAGCUACGAGGAAGAACCUGGGGAACCUGUUCCGAAGCAGUUGUUCGCAAAUGAACUGGAAACUGAAAAUAAUCCUAUCAACGAGCAGUUGGAGCACAUGAACAAACUGCUGAACUCUGCUCGUGGGAGCUCCACCGAAUCCAGGUACUCGCUCAAUGAGAACAGAGCUUAUGAUGAACCGAAAGAACACACGAAUUAUUUGGUCCCGGACACACAGCCGGAAAGUGUUGGCUGGGAGGACCCAAAUCCACCGAAGAUGACGUCCACGAAAUUGGUAACCAGUAGCUUGCAAACACCCGAGAGCUCGCUUGUGUCCUCGAGACUGGAAAUUAGCAUCCGCGAUACGCCAAGGAGAAAGUUCAUGUUGUCGGGUGUGAAGAACAAGACGAGCUACGAAGAAGCUAUCAGGCAGCUGGGUGGUGAAAUAUCCUCAGAUGCAAACUUUGACCCAACUGCCACGCAUCUGCUGUGUAUGAAGCCGUCGAGGAACGAGAAAAUGCUGGGAAGUAUCGCUUCGGGUAAAUGGAUACUACAUUGCUCAUAUAUUCGCGUCUGCGAAAACGCUGGGGAGUUCGUUGACGAGGAAGAGCAUGAGUGGGGCAAUCCCAAGUGUAUACAUUCUAAGGAAUUGGGUAAUCAGCAAGAAAUUGACCUGGCUAAGGCUGCUUACCGAUGGAGGAUUAAUCUGAGGAAUAAAAAUAGCGGUGCUUAUGAAAAUAUGGUCGCGAUUCUGAUGGUGCCCAAGGAAAAAUACCAGCAGUUUGAGAGACUGAUCAACGCUGGUGGUGGUAUCGUUGUGCCGGCUAAACAUCCUUAUGAUAGUCCUAAGGGUAAAAAGAUUACCCAUUGCCUUAUUCAAAUCAACAAGGUUGAGCAGCCUAUUGACUGGGCGAUGCUUGCCAGCAAGGGGAUUUUGUGUUUCUUACCCCAUUAUUUAAACUUGUUCCUGACGGAAGAAAAAACUUUGAACCCUCGGGACCAUGUGAUUUCGGACUUUAAGAAAUAUCUGUCUCUUCUUCCCAAGUGA